AUGCCUUUCGGUCCGCUCAAGGAGGUCUCCAACCAGACCGUCUUCACCCUCAACAAUGGCGUGAAGAUGCCCGGUGUCGGCUUUGGCACCUUCGCCAACGAGGGCGCUGUCGGCGAGACGUACAAGGCCGUCACCCACGCCCUCAAGGUCGGCUACCGCCACCUCGACUGCGCCUGGUUCUACAAGAACGAGAGCGAGGUCGGCGAUGCCAUCCGCGACUUCCUCAAGGAGAACCCCAGCGUUAAGCGCUCCGAUCUCUUCAUCUGCACCAAGGUGUGGAACCACCUGCACGAGCCUGAGGAGGUCAAGUGGUCGCUGGAGAACUCGCUGAAGAACUUCGGCCUGGACUACAUCGACCUCUUCCUCGUCCACUGGCCCAUUGCCGCCGAGAAGAACGAGGACUACAUGCCCAAGAUUGGCCCGGAUGGCAAGUACGUCAUCAAGAAGGAACUGACUGAGAACCCGGAGCCGACGUGGCGCGCGAUGGAGGAGCUGUACGAGGCGGGCAAGGCCCGCGCCAUCGGCGUCUCCAACUGGACGAUCGCCGACCUGCAGAAGAUGUUCAAGUUUGCGAAGGUCAAGCCCGCCGUCAACCAGAUCGAGAUCCACCCCUUCCUGCCCAACGAAGAGCUCGUCAAGUUCUGCCAGGAGAACGACGUGCUGCCCGACGCCUACUCGCCGCUCGGCUCGCAGGACCAGGUUCCCACCACGGGCGAGAAGGUUCGCACAAACAAGACGCUCAACGAGGUUGCCGAUCGCAGCGGCCACACGCUGGCUCAGGUGCUGCUUGCCUGGGGUCUGCGUCGCGGCUACGCCGUCCUGCCCAAGAGCUCGACGCCGUCGCGCAUCGAGAGCAACUGGCUGGUCCCCAGCCUGUCUGACGCCGACUUCGAGGCCGUCAACAGCGUGGCCAAGGGCCGGCACACGCGCUUCGUCAACAUGAAGGACACGUUCGGCUACAACGUGUGGCCCGAGGAGUCGGUCGAGGCUGGCACCUCUGUUGCUUAA